AUGAACCUCUCUCUCUUUCUAUUGAUAGGGACGGUUAUGAUAGCUGUAGCUCCGCCACCGCAAAGAGUUCAAUCAGAUAAAGAAGCUCUUCGAUACCAACAGGUAUUUCUUACUAGUGGGCACGUGUGGCGCAGUGGUUGGAGGCGCCAUGCAAUACGCAUGGGAUUGACUCUCGCGCGCCUUUCCCACCAAUUAUAUGAGUUCACCUACUCCAGAUACCUUGAAGAAGUUGUGAGUAUUCUUGAAAGUGAUCCAAAAUUUUCUGAGAGAUUACGUGGAAUGCCCGAGGCCGAUGUCAAGGCUGGCAAUAUCGCUGAUCAUAUUGACGAUCUUGAUAAUCACAUCUUCGACAAAUUAACGAAGGCAAAACUUGAUGAGAUUGAACGACUAAGAAAACUGAUUCAGGAACAGAUUAAGGCUGAUGGCGGAGCGCAUAAUGUAAAAAUGCCUGAACAUCUAGAUGUUACCAACUGGGAGAGAUUCGGUAAAGAGGAUCUGCGAAAACUGAUUCGUCGCACUGUGCAGGAUAUGGAUGCUAUAGAUAGAGAGCGUAAGAAGGAUUUCAAAGAAUACGAAAUGCGAAAGAAAGCUGAAGAGGAUCACAAAUUGGCUCAAAUGAGUGAGGAGGAACGACGAAAAGCAGAGUACGAAGCUGAAGAGGCGAAACGGCGGCAUAACGACCAUGAGAAAUUGAAGCAUCCAGGAAGUCGAGACCAACUAGAGGAAGUUUGGGAGGAGUCAGAUCAUAUGGAGAAGGAUGCAUUUGACCCACGAACAUUCUUUGCUCUUCACGAUUUAAACGGUGAUGGUUUUUGGAACGAAGACGAGCUGGAAGCUCUGUUCCAGGUGGAACUUGGAAAAGUGUAUAAUGAUUCAAAUCCUGAUGACGAUCCCAGGGAACGAAUGGAGGAAAUGUAUCGAAUGCGGGAGCAUGUGACGAAGCAGAUGGAUAAAAAUGGUGAUCGCCUUAUUUCUCUUGACGAAUUCCUCAACGUGAGAGUUUACACUGAAGACGAGUUGCGUGAGUUCGAGAAAGAAUACGCAAAGAAACAAGGUAAAUCAUUUCCACGUCCGACUUUCUAUUAA